UAUCGAUACCAGAAGAGAAAAAAAAAGGCAUUUGCACACCUCUAUCGUCAACAAAACAUAUUUCUUUGGCCAAGUAAACAAAUCCCAUUCAUGUACAAAACUAUGGACAAGAUACGCAGUUUGAUGACAAAACAUUAAUUAUAUUUACAAAGGCGCGCAAUGAGCAAACACCAAUACCCCAAGUAUUUUGGUAACGGCGAUGAGUUAUUGGUAGAUGCAAUAGAGGAGCUGCAAAAUAAGCUGGAUAAGAUCCUAGAAAACCAAAAUGAGAUUCUCGCACGCCUUUGUCAGGUGGCUCAAACCAGACCCACUGGUGACUUAUUCAAGGUGGAACUCGACUAUUUUCCCGUGACUGAUCCCGACGAACUUUCCAAUCUGGACUCGAAUCUUUCAAAACCGGGCAAUAAAUAUGUGAUUGCACACAGCGCUCAUAUUAUUCACCGCAUCCUGAGACCAGAAGGACGAAUAGAACCGCUGAAGAACACUUUUACAAAGAUGUUCGACUACGAUAUUGUCAUGGCCUACAAUUACGACGGUGUAGCACUAAGCAGCCCUUUAAGCAAUACAAAUAUAUUAACAAAACUAUUUUUGAUUGUUGAGGAACUUCUGAAGAUCUGA